UCAAGAGGAGUAGCAAAGCGGAGGAGAAAGAGGAGCAGAAACCCCUGAAGACCCUGAGAUGUUGCCAUUCACCCCGCAGGUGGUCAAGCGUUUGUUAGCACUCAAAAAGGGCAACGAGGACAACAGCGUCGAGGGCAAGUGGUCGGAGAAGGCGGUCAAGAAUCUGGUCAAGAAGAUCAAGAAGAACUCGCAGCUGGAGGAGCUCGAGCGGGCCAUCUCCACGCAGAACUGCCAGACGAGGUGCGUGACGGUGCCGCGCAGCAAGCCAGCUCCCGCCGGCGAGCAUCUGCGCAAGGGUCUGCCGCACGUCAUCUACUGCCGUUUGUGGCGCUGGCCGGAUCUCCAGUCGCAGAAUGAACUGAAGCCCCUCGACCACUGCGAGUACGCCUUCCAUCUGCGCAAGGAGGAGAUCUGCAUCAAUCCCUAUCACUACAAGAAGAUCGAGUUGUCCAUCCUGGUGCCCAAGUCGCUGCCCACUCCGCCCGACUCCAUUGUCGACUAUCCGCUGGACAACCACACGCACCAGAUACCCAACAACACCGACUACAAUGCGGCCAUCAUUCGCAGCGCCUCGUUGAGUCCGCCGCAGUACAUGGAAUUGGGCGGUACCGGCAGCGGUCCCGUUUCCGUAUCCUCCUCGGCCAGCUCGACGCCCGCAACUGCCGCCUCCGCCUCGUCGUCCUCCUCCUCCUCGUCCGCCGCCUAUCAACAGCAACAGCAGUCCUUUGGCCAAAACAUGGACUCCCAGUCGAGUGUGCUCAGUGUGGGCAGCAGCAUUCCCAACACCGGCACCCCGCCGCCCGGCUACAUGAGCGAGGAUGGCGACCCCAUCGAUCCCAACGACAACAUGAACAUGUCGCGCCUGACGCCCCCCGCCGAUGCAGCCCCGGUGAUGUACCACGAGCCGGCCUUCUGGUGCUCCAUCUCCUACUACGAGCUGAAUACGCGCGUCGGCGAGACCUUCCACGCCUCGCAGCCCUCGAUCACGGUGGACGGCUUCACCGAUCCCUCCAACUCGGAGCGCUUCUGCCUCGGCCUGCUCUCCAAUGUGAAUCGCAACGAGGUCGUCGAGCAGACGCGUCGCCACAUCGGCAAGGGCGUACGGCUCUACUAUAUUGGCGGCGAGGUCUUUGCCGAAUGCCUCAGCGACUCGUCCAUCUUUGUCCAGAGCCCCAAUUGCAAUCAGCGGUACGGUUGGCAUCCGGCCACCGUGUGCAAGAUACCGCCUGGGUGCAAUCUGAAGAUCUUCAACAACCAGGAGUUCGCCGCCCUGCUGUCGCAGUCCGUGUCGCAGGGAUUCGAGGCCGUCUACCAGCUGACGCGCAUGUGCACCAUCCGCAUGUCGUUCGUCAAGGGCUGGGGCGCCGAGUAUCGCCGCCAGACGGUCACCUCGACGCCCUGCUGGAUCGAGCUGCACCUUAACGGGCCGCUCCAGUGGCUGGACCGCGUGCUCACGCAGAUGGGAUCGCCGCGGCUGCCGUGCAGUUCCAUGUCGUAAGCGAAGGUUCCGGUUUUCAAUUUCCCGGAGCUUAAAACCAGAGAACCUAGUAACACUGAUGAACAGAAGAGGAAUAGAAUGGAGUAUCCUCAAGAAUUCGCGGUACCAUUGGCCACAUGAACAGUGAAAUCCAAGAAACCAAAAAAACUAGAUGUACAUCGAUGUUAAAGCUAAUCAAUGGUCAGUGUUGCUGGUUAGAAGCUCCACGGGGAAAGCAAAAUGAGAAUCGGAAUGGGUUUCAGCGAGAAAACCAAGAACAAUUCUGAGAGCACAUAUGAAAUAAGUUCAGGCAAAUUAUAUACGAGUACAUACUGGAGCAAAAUGAAAACAAAUGGUAGAUGCAAGUCAGAUACAGAUAAAGAUACCGAUAGAGAUAUAUCUAUAUACAAAGAGCACACACUUACAUGUGGGAUAUAUAUCUUUACAAGCAUAUAUGAGAGAGAACAUGUAUUUGGCGUUAAAAGUUUAGGACUAUAUAUUGUGUAGGUGGAAACGUACGUGGAGAAUGGCAGUUUUCGAUAAGGAGCAACAAUUUUUUUAAAAAAGUUUUACAUACAAAAUAAAAGAGAGAAAAUAACCAAACCGACCAGGAACACACAAGCCCCUUCCGAAAGAAGCCCCCAGAAUCUGUGUGCGUAGAGUUGGUAGCGCUAGAAGCGAGCAAGUCAAAAUUCUUUGAGAAAGAAGCAAAACAAUUAUAUCGGUGAUUUGGAACAAAAAUGGAUGAGCAAAACAGGAACUGGGAUUUAUCAAGCUUGAAGCUUACACACACAGACACACACACACACACUCUACCAUACAUUGCAAAUGUACAUAAGACCAAAUAUGAUGAAAUUAUUCACGCAGGACCUCCACUUGAUCGAGUAUGGGAUUACAAGUACAUAUAUCUAUGUAUAUCCGUUUGAUGAUGGUUGUUAAACGUUUCGAUUUUCGCUUAGUACGUGUGUGUUACAAAAAUUUGCCAACUCUUAAAAUGCAGUCAGCUCUUGUUAGUUGUAAUGUCCGUAAAAUGCGAUCAUAUAUCCUAUAUGUAAAGCACUUGCCCAACAAAAUUUUAAUGCCGCAAACCAAGUCAGGCCCGUCUGAGGACCCGUUAUGUUCAGAAAUGCAUUUAUUGUGUACCAAACGAGAGAGAGAUUCAUAUUUCUCAUCGCCCCUCGGACUCGAACCGGUAGCUCAACCAAUAUGCAAUAUGGUUUGCCGGCGUUGACCGGAUUUUGCUUGGCAAGUGCGCGUUUUUCUUGGGUCUAGAUCUUAAGUCUAUAAAUGUAACGAAAUUCGCUAGCUUAUCUUAAAAUCUAAAGAGCCUAAACCUGUUUAAGUUCGAGUUCUAUUUGGUUUUACUUUUGCAGAUUAUUUUAAUCCUCCUUUUUUUUUCGUCUUUCGCUGUUAAAACCAAAAAUAACUGUACCGCCCAGUGUUGAAAAGAGCAUAGUGCGCGACAGCCAGUGUUGGCUAGCGCACUUGCCCGCUGACCACGGCGUAGCUUUAAUUUAAGUUUUGUCUAUUGUUUCCCCCCCUUUGUUGCUUUUAAGUUUCGCACGUAGUAAUCCUGAUUGGCAAUCAAUCGAAUAAACGACCGCGAACGAGAUUUUGUUUUGUUAAUUGGCUCUAAAUACGGUUCUGAACCACCCCACUGGCUUUGAAUUAAACAAUUGUUUUUGUAUUUCCGGCUAAACCCGCUAAUAAUGUAAUGUAAUCCUUAAGUUAUGCCUAACGAAACAAAGCAAAGCAAAGAAGGCGAACAUGCGCAGCAACAGUCAACAGUCCUGGGACUCCGAUCGACAGGAUCGUGAUCACAACCGCAGACCAGCAACCCCCUACCCGUAACUUUAUGAAGUAUAAAUACAAAUAUAUACAUAUAUAUAUAUCUAAUAUGCAAGCAUGCAGAUAAAGACAAACAGAAUUCGUAUAUACAAAUAAACUCUUAUAUUGAAUGGAAAGCGCAUCUCAGAUGUUGUGGAUUGGAUUUGAGCAAAUAGGGGAAAGGCUUGCAGUUCUUAAUCGGAUAUUAUUAUAAAAUAAUUUAAUUAUUUUGUAGUUUACUUUUUAAUAAAUGUUUAUUUUACCUUAA